AAAUAUUGCUAUAAGAAAUUGUGAUUUUGUUUUGCAAAAUCUAUAUUAAUUCAAUAAUUAUAUGUGCAUAAACAAUGUAAAAAAACUCAUUUCAUUUAGGCUGUAGGUAUUAUUAUUAUCUAAGGUUCAUUAACUGUAAAAAACGAAAACAUGGAUUCACCUGUGUCGGCUUUCGCUAUGUACAGUACAAAGAAAAAAGCGAAUAGUGAGAAAAAGAAAAAGAAGCAAAAAAAUGCGGCAACCUCACCAAAAUCACCCUCUAAGAAUAUCACAGAAAACAUGAUAAUCGAAGUUGCCCAAAAAAUUAAACGUAAACAGAAAAAGAUGAAGGAGCCAAAAAACAUAAUCAAAAAGAAAAGUCAUAAAAAGAAGAAGUCCAAACAACUGAGACAACUUCAAACAGCAAAAAGAUCUAAGGCUGUAAACCAGAGGAGUCCUACAUUGUCUGAAAGUGAUGAAGAGCCCUCUCUAGUACAAGUUCCAGUACAUAAUCAUGUUAAUUACUAUGAAAAUGAUGAAACUGUUGAUACAUGCUCACAGUCUAGCAAUAGCAGCUUUGAAUUUACUCCAGUUCAGACUGACAGUGUAGAAGAAGGGCUAAAAGUAUUCAAGUGGAUGAUCGCUCCAUACAGCCCGAAUGAAUUCCUCAAUAGAGUCUGGGAGAAAAAGCCAUUGCAUAUUGCUAGGAAUAAACUGGCUUAUUACAAAGAAAUUAUAUCAACUCCAAGCAUAGAUGACAUGUUGCGCAAUGAAAAUAUACAAUUUACUAAAAAUAUUGAUGUUACCUCUUAUGUUAAUGAGAAAAGGGAAACACACAAUCCUGAAGGCAGAGCACAUCCCCAUUUGGUUUGGGAUUUCUAUCUAAAUGGUUGCAGCAUUAGAUUAUUGAAUCCCCAAACUUAUAUUCCCAAGCUGCACUUACUAAAUGCUACAUUACAAGAGUUUUUCAAUUCCUUUGUUGGUGCAAAUGCUUACCUCACUCCUCCAGAUAGCCAAGGUUUUGCUCCACACUAUGAUGACAUUGAAGCUUUCAUCUUACAAGCUGAGGGUAAAAAGCAUUGGCGAAUAUAUAAGCCCAAAAGUGAAAAUGAAAUAUUACCGAGAGUGUCAUCAAAAAAUUUUGAUCAGAAUGAAAUUGGAGAACCCAUUUUGCAGGUAACUCUAGAGGCAGGGGACAUGCUUUACUUUCCUCGUGGAUAUAUUCAUCAGGGAGUCACUAUAGAUGGAGAACACUCUUUACAUGUAACAGUCAGUAUGUAUCAGAAACAUUCAUGGGCAGACCUAUUUGAGAAAAUGAUUCCAGCAGCUCUUCAGAUGGCUAUUAGUGAAAAUGUUGAUUUAAGACGUGGCUUGCCUUUUGAUAUUUAUGAAAACUUUGGUCUUGUCAAUUCUGAUGUUGACACACCUCGAAGAAAAGAGAUAGAAGAUUUAGUCAAAUCUCUCUUUGAUAAAAUCAAAAACCAUUUACCGAUAGACGAUGCUGUUGAUCAGAUGAACAAAAAUUAUCAGCAUGAUGCAUUACCACCAGUAUUAAGUGAUGUAGAAAAGGCUGUUACAGUUUUUGGAGACUCUGAUGUCAUGGUUGAAAAUGGAAAAGUAACAAAUAGAGUUGAAAUCGGACUUGACACAAAAAUAAGGCUUUUGCGCAAAAACAUACUAAGAAUGGUCUCAGAGGAACGGAUCAGACUGUAUUAUUAUAUUGAGAACUCUUUGGAGUACCAUGGAACUGAUUUGCCUUUCUUGGAAAUUGAAGAAGAGUUAGCCCCAGCCAUAGAAACAUUAAUAACGUCUUACCCUGAAUAUGUGAGUGUGGAAAAUUUAGAUGUACCAAAUGAUUCGGAUAAGUUACAAAUAGCUGAUGCUUUGUGGUCCAGAGGUUUAAUUAUGACUGAAUAUCCAUUAGAGACAAUUGAUGAUGAUUAACUUAAU